CCCUCGUGAUUAGAACAUUUUGAGCUUCGUUACAAGCCCAAAAAGCGGCUCUCCAGCCCAUCAACACUUCCUCCCGCCAUUACCUCUUUCUUCCAGCCCCCCACUCUUUUUCAACUCAACACCUCGAGGUUGUCCGCCUGGUUUGCCUCCUCGAUUUCUCCUAGUUCUGACACUGUUUCAGUUCAGUCCGAUCAUAGUGGGCUAGUGGCGCAGGCCGUCGUCUCUUUGAGGCCGCGUCGUCUGUAGACUUGCAGGAAUGCUGCAUGUACGCUGUGUUUGCAAUUAGCUCCCCAUCGUAUUCUAUGGAGGCCGUAAUACGAGAGCCAAAGGUAGUUGCUCUCACCAUGACGUCCCAAACCUCGAUGCUUUCCUCAAGCCGUCCUCGCCCGUAUCCGCCGCACAACUUAUCGUUAUCGGCGCGCUUCCUCGCCGCUGCGCCUCGUCUCUCCUUAGCAUCGCCGUUACUCCCUGUCAGGUCCACCAGCGCGUAUGCCCCGCGCGGGGGCGUGUCGCUGCUGACUGAUUUUGCAGGCCAGAGAUUAGCAAGCACGCCCGUUGGAAACGGCCGCUUGACCCGAGGACGCGUGGGCGUGACGCCAGCUCUAACGCCGGGAGGGGCGGUUAAAGAAGGGGAUGGACGGCAACAGCGGGUCGUUGCUAAGGCCAAGGCGAUCGAUGCGCCCCGGAAGACUGAAGUGAUUCGGUUGAAGGCGAACCAGUGGGUGUACGACGUGUGCGUGGAGCGCCGCUGCACGGUGGCGGACAUCCGCGCGCUCAACCCAACGGUCGACAUCGACCGCGUGCUCGCCGGCCAGCGCCUCGUCGUGCCGCGCCGCCCCUCGCCCUUCGAUCCCAUCGAGCGCGAACUCUCUCGCGCCGCGCAGCAGCUCUCCACCACGUUCGCCGCCCCAACAGGCAGCGCUGCGCGCACUCAAGCUAUCACCGCCUCCGCCGGUGGCAAGUCCGCCCCCGCUGCUUCCGCCGAAAAGCCCGUUGAAGCCACCGCUUCCGCUUCGUCCGCAGCCCCAUCCCCCGCUCUCCCCUCCGCCGCAGCCCCUUCCCCCUCCGCCGCGCCCACCGCGCCUGCCGCAUCGGCGCGCAGCGCGAAGCCGACGGCGCGUCCGUCGGGCGGGUCGUGGCUGGACUCGCUGCUGGGGGGCCCGGCGGGGGGAGGGCUGUUCGGCGAGGAGGUGGAGGAGUACGUGCUGAAGCGCAAGGAGUGGGUGUGCGACGUCGCGAGCCGCCUCGACGUGGACAUCGAGUACCUGCGGCGCUUGAACCCCGGCGUCAACCUCGACAACGUGCGCCCCAAGCAGCGCAUCAAGAUCCCCAAGAGCCGCGCCGCCCGCCUGCGCCAGCAGCAGAGUGUGGGAAGCGGGUCUGACGUGGCGGGGGCGGGGUCGAAGGGGGGGAAGGCGGAGGAGGAGAAAAAGGGCAUGGAGGGAGGUGCAGUGACGACCGGGGAUGCAGGGGAGAAGGACGGGAAGGCGAAAGGGGGUGCCGUGUCGCUGAAGGGCGCGGACGGGGGGAGCAAGGCAGCGGUCGUGGCUUCCGCUUCAGCUACCUCCCGCGAUAAGCCUUCCGCGCGCCAAGCCGCAACUGCUGCUGCGCCUCCUCUCUGCCCCGUCCCCCCAUCCGCCGCAUCUCCCUCCCCUGCCCCCUCGCCGUCCCCCCCAACCUGCCCCUCCCCUUCCCCUCCCGUACCGACUGCGCCAUCCGCCUCCCCGCCCGUGUGCGCCCCCCCGCCCAUCUGCAAGCCGCCCGCCUCCGCUGGGCGGGAAGGUGUCAAUGUGGGCAGCCAGUCGGGCGGCGAUGUGUGCGCAGUGCCGGAGGCGAAGGGCGCAAGCGCUGCGCGGGAGGCGAAGGGGGCUGCGGUACAGGGUGUCGGGGCGGCGGGCGUGGCGGUGGGGGGAGGUGUAGGGGGAGGUGGCGGUAGCAAAGGGGCGCCAGCGGCAGAGGCAUCUUUCUUUGAGGCGCUUAUUCGGGGGAUCGGGGGGGACGGCAAGCAGAAGGAUGGCGCGGGGGGGACGCGGGAGAAGCAGCAGCAGCAGCAGCAGAAGGCGACAGAAGCAGCAGCGCCUGCCAAGCAGCAGAAGGAUAAAGCGCAGCAACAGCAGGCGCCGCAGCAGCAACAGCAGCAGCAGCAGCAGGGACAGCAGCAAGGGCAGUACGGCGUGGGUCAGCGAUUCCGGGUGCACAGGGUGAGACGGGGGGAGUGGAUAUCCUCGUUAGCGGCGGACUACGGCCUUACAACGGAGCAGCUGCAGGAGAUGAACCCCGGCGUCGAUCUCGCCAAGGUCAAGCCCGCGGACGAGAUCCGCCUGCCCGCGGGGCGCAGGCGGGCAGCGGGCGCGGCCCUCCCCCUGGAGGCCGCGGACGUGGAGGCCAUGGGGGGCGCGGUCGUAGUGGCGGCUGGCGCGGGGGACAAGGGCGGCGGAGGGGGAGCAGCAGGUGCGGGAGGCGCAGGGGGGCAGCAGGGUCCCGCGGGCGGGGCGACGGGGGCGCAUUUGGCGGGGGCGCGCGUGGGGAUGGUGAUGCCUGGGGACAGCCUGGUGGACAUAGCGGAACGGUACGGCGUCGCGUGGCAGGAGCUGGCGGAACGCAACGGCGUGCGUGAGGGCGAGCAGGGCGCGGGGCUGCAGGUGGGGCAAAUCCUCAUCAUCCCUGACAAGAAGCCGCAGCAUGUGGCCUCCAUCGGGGGCGUGGGGCACUGGCUGGGCUGGCAGGGCGGGGGGAGGGACGCAGCAGCGGCAGGCGGGGGCACGAUUCUGUCGCAGGCGCCAGCGGGCAUAUCGGUGUCUCUGUCCAUCGCGCUCGUGGUGGCGUCGUCGCUGGCCGCCGCUGCCAUCAUGCGCCUCAACGCGCCCCUGCUCUCGGGGGAUAGCGGCGCCACGCCAGGGCUAUUCCCCAACCUGCGCUCGCUGCUGUCUCGCCUCCCCGAGCCCGUGGCGUCCGCUUGGAGGCAGAUGACGCGAGGCAACACGCAGGGGUCGGAGUCGCCGUCGACCCUCGCGCUUCAGUCCGCCACGACGCCGUCAUGGGUGGUGCCGGCCGCGUGGUCCGCGCCGUCCCAGGCGGACAUGACCACCAUCCUCGCGCUCUCCUUGCUCUCCGCCUCCUCCCCCUCGCUCGGCGGGCUGCUCGCCUCGCAGGGCCUCGCCACGUCCGCCGCGCUGCUGCCCGCCAUUGACGCCGCGUGCCGCGCUGCAGCCGACUCGUUGGUCGCGUCAGGACCUGUCCUCGCCGCGAUCUCGCUGGUCUGCGCGCCCCGCCCUUCGUCCAAUCCCCUGCACCUGCUGCCGUUCCGCCACAGGCCAAAAAGGGGGAAGGCGGGGGUGCUGGGAAUGCAGGGGGUGGGCGGGGCGGACGGGAGGGGGUUUGCGCGGGUGGCGCUGGCAGCAGUGCCGCAGCUGGUGGUGGGGAGUGAGGCCAUAGGGGCGUGCGUGUGGGCGGAAGGGGGGGAGGCCGGGGAGGGUGUGGUGGAUGGGGUGGCAGUGAGAGGGGUGGAGGAGGGCGGGGAGGAGCAGUACUCUGUGGGGGUGCUGCUCAUGUCGCUGCCGCCAGGGAUGCGGAUGGCGUGUGCGGCCAUGGGGGAGGGGAACGUGGAAGCCAAGGGGAAAGACGGCGCUGCUUCACCGGCGCUUGCCUCGGCGCUUACGGUGGCUGUGGGCAGACUCACCCAAGCCAUGGCGCAGGACCCCCUCCAGCCGUCCCAGCGCCUCUCCUCUGUGCUCGCCUUCCUGCCUUGCGGCGCUGCAUCGUCGGCAUCUGAUAUUCUGGCGUCCCUGGUCCCAGACACCUCCCUCUACCUCAUCGCCUCAUCGCCCAACCCCUCGCCACAGCCUCACUGGCAUGUGUCUCCGCCCUUGUCACAGCCCGACUCCACACCAAAUGCAGCAGCAGCGGCAGCAGGAGGGGGCGUGGGGCAGGGGGUGACGGUGGUGGGCAUAGCGGAGGGCGUGGAUCUGAACGGCGCGUUUGUGGCGUCCGUGCUGGGGCAGUGGCUGUACGGGCCCAACGUCACGUUGCUGUCUGUGCCCCCCGCCAAGAAGCGCAGAGAGGCCAUCAGCUCCUAGGGGUAGCUAGCUAGGCGUGUCUGCAAGCAAGGUAGUGCCACGGAGCGUUGCUUGACUUAGUGUAUGGUUCUAGGUGGGUUGUGGGGAGGGGAGUGAAAGCACAAGGCCAUGCAUGCAUGCGUGCCUGGGGGCCAGUGUGUAGGAAAUGUACAGAACUGGCAACAGUUCUGUCAAUUGUUCCAUAGGUGCCCUGUUGGUUAUUGUUGAUAAACUGCUACUGCUGCUAUUACUGC